AGAUCGCCGGCUUCAACAGAAAUUCUAAGCUUCAAAAAAUACACAAUCAUCAUUAAACAUUCGACUGCGAAUUUCACCAUGGCACCCAAAAAUCCGGCUCUGGGCAACAAAAGAAAGCUUGCGACUGGAACCAAGGACCAUUUAAGUAAAAAACCCAAAUUCGACAGACAGAAGCCGCGAAGAGAAGACCCCGAGGAGGAUGUAAGUGAUGGCAGUGAAAUCAGCGACUUCUCCGAUUUGGAUGACGGCGGCGCCCCCUUGCACAACAUAAUUUCGCAAGAGGAUGCCUUCAAAGCUUCUCGAUUAAAGUCUAGCAAGAACCAGGCUGGAAAUGUGUUCGAAAAGGGUCAAAAUUCUCGCGAGUCCCAUAUCAAGCAAAAGCAGCUCGCCCAAGAACGCAAAGCACAGAAGCCUCUCGCCGAUGAAUUACACCGAGCUAAGAAACUUUGGGAGAGAUUGCGCCUAAAGUCUAAGGUUCCAAAGGACGAACGACAAGGACUUGUCGAGGAGCUAUUCAGCAUCGCUACCGGACGCAUGAAGGAUUUUGCCUUAAAGCACGAUGCCGUCCGUGUUGUCCAAACUGCCAUCAAAUACGCGACCCCCGAACGACGAAAGAUGAUUGCGAAGGAGCUGAGAGGCACAUAUCCUCUGCUAGCCGAAAGUAAAUACGCCAAAUUUCUCAUUGGAAAGCUUCUCGUAAAAGGUGACGAGGAAGUCCGAGAUAUAAUAGUUCCCGAGUUUUUCGGAAAGGUUCGGAAGCUCAUCAAUCACCCUGAAGCCUCCUGGAUCUUGGAUGAUAUUUAUCGGGGUAUUGCUACCAAGGAGCAAAAGGCUAUUCUAUUACGCGAAUGGUAUGGACCUGAGUUUCAUAUUUUCCGACAGGCAUCAGAGGUUGAGACUGUCCCUUCGGCCGAACUCUCUCAGAUUCUCGAGGAACAGCCGAGCAAACGCGGACCAAUUAUGAAAUAUUUAUUGGAUUUGACCAACCAACUCAUCCAGAAAAAGAUGACUGGUUUUACGAUGCUGCAUGAUGCCAUGUACCAGUAUUACACCAACGUGAAACCGGGCUCCGAAGAGGCCAAGGAGUACAUGGAGACGAUUAAGGAGGAUGAGAAUGGCGAUUUGUUAAAGAAUAUGGCUUUUACGAGGUCUGGGGCGCGACUUGUGUGCCUGCUUCUCGCUUAUGGUACAGCGAAGGACCGGAAGCAGAUUCUGAAGACGUACAAGGAUACUUUCCAACUCAUGUCGAGCGAUUCACACGGGCACUUAAUUAUCCUUGCUGCUUACGACUUGGUUGAUGAUACCGUCUUGACUUCCAAAUCUAUCAUAUCAGAAUUAUUGGGCAAGGCGGAGGAGAAUGAAGUCUCUAAUAUUGUCAUAUGUGUCAAUGAUCCUAACGCACGUUUGACGAUACGAUACCCCCUCGAAGGUACGUCCAAGGCUCUCUUUGACGCAGGUCGUGCCGACGAUCUAAAGCUCCUUGAGGAGCUCUGGGAAAUCCGAAAAACCACCAGUAAGAAGGAUCCCGAAACCCGUCAAGAAGAGCUGGUCGCUGCAUUAUCGCCAUCACUCCUCGCUGCAAUCUCUUCAUCGCCUCUAGAAUUAAUAUCUACUUCUCAUGGAGCGCAGAUGGUUACGGAGGCCCUUCUUUCUUGCGUCGGUGACAAGUCCGAAGCGUUGCAGGCAAUAGCAUCCACCGCAAAGGGGGACCCCAGCAAACCAACAGGACCGUCCGAUGAACCCACGGAUGGACUCAUCGCCCAUGAACACAUCUCCAAAACCCCACAUGGUGGACGUAUGUUUAAGACAUUGAUAGCCGGUGGUCAUUUUGAUAAAGCAACACGUCGCAUAAUACCAGUCGACCCCCCUCUUAAUUUUGCAGAUACCCUUUACUCUUUCAUACAGGAUCAUAUUAUGGCUUGGGCGACGGGGCCAAGCUCUUUCGUAGUGCUUAGCCUCUUAGAAGCCGAGGACUUUUCUCACAAGAAUGAUCUCAGGGGUAUUCUGAAGAAAAAUAAGAAAUCACUCGAAAAGGCAGCCACAGAGGAAACGCCGGAGCAAAAAGCCGCCAAGGAAGACGUUAAGGCAAAUGGAGAAGAUACUAAACCAGCGAAAAAGAAAGGUAAGAAAGCAGGACCGAAAAAGGAGAGUCCUACAGGCAAUAUGGGUGCAAAGCUCCUGCUGGAGAAGCUUAAGGGUUAA